UAUUAUUUAACGAUUGGAGGAUUUCCACAAGUACAGGGAGAAACUUGGCGACGUAGGCGAUGCGGCGACUAUAUAAUUAGAAAUCAAGCGGCAUUUCGUCUUCUCUGUACUUCUUUGUAAUCCAUACACUACUCUCACUCUGGUCGUGUGCGUGUGGAUUGAAAUGUCAUUAAUCUGUAUUUUUUGAUAUUAAAAAAACGCGAUCGUCAUUGGCAUUGCUGUGUUUUCUCAAUAGUCCACUAGCUACACGUACAUCCACAGUGCGCAGCGGUUAGUAAGAAGAAGAUAAGAUGGCAGUAGUUGUGCCGCGUAAUUUCCGGCUCCUGGACGAGCUGGAAAAAGGACAGAAAGGCGACUGCGCAUCCGGAGUUACAUGGGGGCUCGAGAAGCCAGACGAUAUCUCACUCACCUACUGGAACGGCACGAUAUUCGGUCCACCAGCAACAGUUUUCGAAAAUCGUAUAUAACUACUACUGCUUAUGGUUUAUUUCAUGCCUACCACUGGUAAUCUUGCUCUUUUUGUGUUGCAAUCAUAUUUGUUUUGGAUGAAAAAAAGCGUUCUAGGGAACAGUGAAGUAAUGCAAAGAAAAUACAAGAAAUGAUAAAGCGAUUAUCAUUUUCAUUAUCCUUUAGCUCUCAACUAAAGAUCUUAAUUUUUCAGGUAUCUAUUCCCUUUCGGUUAUCUGCGGUGAGAAAUAUCCGGACGACCCGCCAAUUAUUAGGUUCAACACACAAAUCAAUCUCGGAUGCACGGACAAGAACGGAUGCAUAAAGGUAAAGACUACUUUUUCUCAAGCCUAUUGCAGAACGCUUUGUUCAGCUGUAGUAAUCGUCCACUGCUUUUCUCUUCAAAUACGAACUUUCCAUCCUGUUGUAAGCGCACUGGGCCAACUGCUCGUUUUCCUAGGAUAGUGCAAGGAAAAGUGAAUCCCACGAAAUGAAUGUAUUGCACACUGGACGCACUUAUCUUUAUACAUGAGAACCUCCAUAUUGAUCUUUUUAGGACGCGUGGCCGCUUCUGGCACAGUGGCGAAGAGAAUACACGUUGGAAACAAUAUUGAGCAGUCUUCGACAGGAGAUGGCAUCAGGCGGGAAUAGAAAACUUCCACAACCCCCAGAAAGCAGCAUGUACGCCGACGCAUAAUAAUUUUUCCAUAUUAGACAUAAUAAUUCUCUGCUAUGAAUAUAUUUCGCUGGGGGAACCCCCCUCCUUGAGCAGGUUUAUUAUGAGAGUUUUUUGAUUGGCAGAUGCAGGUUCCUCAAUACUUAGAACGUGUAGCAGAUGGGCCAUUUGAUUAUAAACUGGGGAUCAAACAACCUCCUUCAUAGCUUCCACUUGAUGCGCCUCCGUCCAAAAAAACAUUGAGUGGACGUACUAUAUGGGUCGCCACAUGAUAGGCAUUCCGACUUUCAAAAAAGAAAUGGGAUUCAACAGGGAGCAUUGUACUCGCGCCCUGCUGCUUUAUGCAGAGAGGUGGAGACGUGCGGUAGCACGCAUGAAGGUGUCCAUUUUUUUGAGAAAGUAAGUCGUCAGUCGUGUGUAGGCAGGAGCAAACAACAACAUGGGACAACGUCGCGUUUUGUACCGUUCGUCCGAUGCAGAGGUACUUCAUCAUGAUUUUUGGUCGGAUCACGCUAGCUGUUCAAAGUGGAUCUACAUGUUUCUACCGACGGAAGUGGUUGGACAAGUUUGUGAUCCUAUCGUCCUUUCUAGCACGUGAGUGUCAGGGCUUAUGAUCCAAUGGUGAAGAAAAAAUCGAGACCAAAGAUUCCUGGUUUGAUACACGACAUGGCCUCCGAUCAUGUAUCUGC